AUGUCAUUGGUGAGGUCGGCAGAGCUGUCCGCUGCAGCAGCAUACAGGAACCCGAAGCUUUACUCAUUGAAUGAGAAUGGUUACAACAGUAGUGGUGGUGGCACUUCUGUUGAAAUCUUCGAUCCAGACAGGUCCAAGAACACUUGCCUGACUGAUGAUUCUUACCCAAGCCAAAGUUAUGAGAAGUACUUUCUAGAUUCUCCAACAGAUGAGUUUGGACAACAACAGCACCCUGUUGGCUCUGGUGCAUCUGUUUGCUCAUUUGGCUCGUUGGAGUCGCUUCCUUACCAGUCUAGACCGGUUCUUGGAUGCUCCAUGGAGUAUCAAUCACCGUUUGAUUCAACCCCGACUUCAUCAAUGAGUCUCUUUGGAGGUUACCAAGCGGGAGGAGGUCUAAGUCCGAGCAUGGAGUUUGAUGAUGAACAAAUGAGAUCAAAGAUUCAAGAGCUUGAAAGAGCACUUCUCGAAGAUGAAGAUGAUGAUAAGAUGAUUGGUGUAGAUCAACUAAUGGAGAUGGACAUUGAGUGGUCUCCCAAAGAAUCAUCAUCAUCUGAAGUAGAUUCCAACUCGCAUGUAAGCAGCAAAGAAGUGGUAUCAUCAUCACAAGCAACAACUCCAAAGCAGAUCUUGAUCUCUUGCGCUCGUGCGUUAUCCGAAGGCAAAGCAGAGGAAGCUUUGUCAAUGGUGAAUGAGCUGAGACAGAUAGUAUCAAUCCAAGGAGAUCCUUCUCAGAGAAUCGCAGCUUACAUGGUUGAAGGACUAGCUGCAAGAAUGGCUGCUUCAGGGAAGUUUCUUUACAAAGCAUUGAAAUGCAAAGAGCCUCCUACUGAUGAGAGGCUUGCAGCUAUGCAAGUCCUCUUUGAGGUCUGCCCUUGUUUCAAGUUCGGUUUCUUAGCUGCUAAUGAUGCAAUUGUAGAAUCCAUCAGAGGUGAAGAAGAAGUUCACAUAAUAGAUUUCGAUAUAAACCAAGGAAACCAGUACAUGACUCUGAUCAAAACUGUAUCCGAGAUGCCUGGUAAGCGUCCUCGGUUAAGGUUAACCGGUGUUGAUGACCCUGAAUCAGUCCAACGCUCCGUUGGUGGGUUAACAAUCAUAGGCCUAAGACUCGAGCAGCAUGCUAAAGAUCAUGGAGUGUCCUUCAAGUUCAACGCAGUAGCGUCCAAGACUAACAUCGUCUCUCCAUCUACACUUGGUUGCAAACCAGGAGAGACUUUGAUUGUGAACUUUGCGUUUCAGCUUCACCACAUGCCUGAUGAGAGCGUGACAACAGUUAACCAACGAGACGAGCUGCUCCACAUGGUGAAAAGCCUAAACCCGAAGCUAGUCACAGUAGUUGAACAAGACGUUAACACAAACACUUCCCCGUUCUUACCAAGAUUCAUGGAAGCUUAUGAGUACUACUCGGCGGUUUUCGACUCUCUGGACAUGACGCUUCCGAGAGAGAGCCAAGAGAGGAUGAAUGUGGAGAGGCAGUGUCUUGCUAGAGACAUUGUCAACAUUGUUGCUUGCGAAGGAGAAGAAAGGAUUGAGAGGUACGAGGUUGCAGGGAAAUGGAGAGCGAGGAUGAUGAUGGCAGGGUUCAGUCCAAGACCAAUGAGUGCUAGAGUAGCAAGCAACAUACAGAAUCUCAUUAAGAAAGAUUAUUGCAGUAAGUAUAAGCUUAAAGAGGACAUGGGUGAGCUUCACUUUUGCUGGGAGGAGAAGAGUUUGAUCGUUGCUUCAGCUUGGAGGUAA